AUGGAGGCUUAUCUGAAGUCUUUAGGUUAUGGAGUCUGGCUAACAGUGAAGAACGGUUACAUGCCCCCUACUAUAGACAUCACAGAGACAGCAGAGAUGAAGAAGUGCGAAGAUGAUGCUAAGGCAAUAAAUGCACUUCUAGGCUCCCUGGUGAACAACGAAUUUGCUAGAGUGGUCGGUUGUACAACAUCAAAGGAGAUUUGGGAUAAACUUAAAAAAGUCCAUAAGGGAGAUGAUAAAAUUAGAGAGGCAAAGCUGCAACACCACUGGAACUUGUUUGAAGGGUUGAAGAUGUCUGAGGCAGAGACAGUUGAACAGUUCGUGAGCAGGGUAAACGAAAUCAUCAACUCCAUUAGAGGGUUAGGUGAAGAAUUGAAGGAUACAGUAGUUUUGAAGAAAAUAUUGAGAUCUUUACCUAAAUUAUACAACCCGAAAGUGUCUGCCAUAGAAGAGUCAAAAAAUUUGAACACCUUGAGCAUGGAUGAGUUGCAUGGAACUUUAACGACUUAUGAGAUGAGAAUGGUCAAGUCCAAACCAAUAGAGAAGGAAGCCGCAUUUAAAGCCAUGAAGAAACUAAAAAUCAAGGAAGAUAGUGAAGAUGAGGAUUCUAAUGGUGAGUUAAUAGCCUACUUGGCUAGGAAACUCAAGAGAGGCAGAGGCAAAUACAAGGGAAAACUUCCCUUGAAAUGUUUUGACUGUGGUGGAAUUGGGCACUUUGCUUCAAAGUGUCCCAAGAAAGGCAAGGUUAUAGAUUCUGAUGAUGAAGAUACUCAAGAGAGCAGGUUCAAGAAAAGAAAAAAAAAGUUCAUCCCUAGAAAAGGGAAUUUCAAUAAGAAAAGUCUCAUCUCAAAGAAGUGCAAGUCUUCUUCAGAUGAGUCAUCAGAAGAUGAUGAUGAGUCAGAUGAUGAGUCAUUUGAGACUUUAUUUAUGACACUUGAAGAUAAGGUGCAACACAAGACUACUAAAGAGUCUGGAGAAGAGGAAGAACAGGAAGCUGAGUAUGACCUGCAAGCAGAGUUGUAUUCUGCUUUAACUAAUCUCAAGGGUGCCAAAAAGAAGAUAAAAAUCUUACAGAGUCAGCUUGUGGAGGAGGAGCAGGUAAGCCAAUUAAACAUUACAGUUGAAGAGAUGACCAAGAUCACUGAUGAGCUGAGUAUCAGUCUAUCAUCCAAAGUAAAGGAGUGCACUGUCCUUGAAGAGAAAUUAAAGAUAUUGAAGAUUGAAUUGGAAGAGAUACAGAAGAUGAACUUACAAGAAGAAAUUACAUCAUCUCCUCCAGUUAACAUUUUGAAAUCCAAGGGCAAGGAAGUUGUGUCUCAACCAACUGGAGUGGAUAUUUCAUCAUCUAGAAAGUCAAAUGAAAAUGUGUUAGAUGAGAUCCUUAGCCUUCAGAGACCUUUACAUUUGAAGACUGGCUUAGGAUAUGUGAAAGAAUGA